AUGCAACCCUUACUCAGCCGAGGCGCCCGGCCGCUGGCCAAACACGCUAGAGCCAUGAGCGGCAAGGAGAUCAACUUCGGGACGGAGGGGAGAGCGCUCAUGUUAAGGGGCGUGGACCAGCUCGCGGACGCCGUGAGCGUGACCUUGGGCCCGAAGGGCCGGAACGCGAUUCUCGACCAGCCGUACGGAGCGCCCAAGAUAACGAAGGACGGCGUCACCGUAGCCAAGAACAUCGAGUUCAAGGAUAGGUUCGAGAACAUGGGCGCGCAGCUCGUGCGGCAGGUGGCGACGCGCACGAACGACGCGGCCGGCGACGGCACCACGACGGCCACCGUCCUGACGAGGGCCAUCUUCGCGGAGGGCGUCAAGGCCGUGGCCGCCGGCAUGAACCCCUCGGACCUGAGACGUGGCAUCCGGGCCGCCGCCCACCAAGUCGUCAAAGAGAUCGAAGCGAUAGCCAAACCGAUUUCGUCGCGCGAGGAGAUCGCGCAGGUCGCGACGAUCUCCGCCAACUCCGAGCGGGAGAUCGGCGACUUGAUCAGCGAGGCCAUGGAACGGGUGGGCAAGGAGGGCGUCAUCACCGUGAACGACGGCAAGACGCUCGACAACGAACUAGACGUCGUCGAGGGCAUGAAGUUCGACCGGGGCUACAUCUCGCCCUACUUCGCGACCGACCCCAAGACGCAGGUUUUCGAUGUCGAGGACCCCCUGAUACUGCUGGUCGAGAAGAAGGUUUCGUCGAUCCAGUCGAUCGUGCCGUUGCUCGAGACGGUCGUCAAGGCGCAGCGGCCCCUGUUGGUCGUGGCGGAGGACGUGGAAUCCGAGGCCCUGGCGACGCUCGUCGUGAACAAGCUGCGGGCGGGCAUCAAGGUCUGCGCGGUCAAGGCCCCCGGCUUCGGCGACAACCGGCGCGAGACGCUCCAGGACCUCGCCGCGCUGACGGGCGCCACGGUCGUCUCGGACGACGUCGGCCUGAAGCUCGAGCAGGCGACGCUCGACCACCUCGGGAGCUGCAAGCGGUGCACCGUGUCGAAGGACGACGCGAUCGUGCUCGACGGCGGCGGCGCGCGGGCCGACGUCGAGGCGCGCUGCGACGCCAUACGGGACUUGAUCGCUGCCAGCACAUCGGACUACGAGCGCGAGAAGCUCCAGGAGCGCCUCGCGAAGUUGGGAGGGGGCGUCGCCGUCAUCAAGGUCGGCGGCGCGUCGGAGGUCGAGGUCAGCGAGAAGAAGGAUCGGGUCGUCGACGCGCUGAACGCGACGCGCGCGGCCGUCGAGGCGGGCGUCGUGCCCGGCGGCGGCCGCGCGCUGCUCCACGCGUCGACGCGCCUCGACGCGGUGAUGGCCUCGGCGGAGAACCUCGACCAGCGCGUCGGCGCGGAGAUCGUGCAGCGCGCGCUGCGCGCGCCGGCGGCCAGAAUCGCGGAGAACGCCGGCGCCGAGGGCGCCGUCGUCGUCGGCGAGCUCCUCAAGGAGGCCGACGCGACGCGCGGCUACGACGCCGCCGCCGGCGAGUACGUCGACCUGUACGCGGCGGGCAUCGUGGACCCGGCCAAGGUCGUCAAGACCGCCGUGACGGACGCGCAGUCCGUCGCCGCGCUCAUGAUGACGGCCGAGGCCUUCGUCGCGGACCUGCCCCCCGACCCGAGCGAGGCGGCGGCGGGGCCGCCGGGCGGCAUGGGCGGCAUGGGCGGCAUGGGCGGCAUGAUGUAGGCCCGCCGCGCCCCCCCGGCCCCACUAGGACAACUACUAUGA